GCGCGCCCCCGCGUGGCGCCGGCCGCGCUCGCUCGCUCGCUCGCUCUCGCGCCCGCGCAGGGGCGCGCCACAGGGCGGGCGCCUCCCUCUGCCUCCCUCAGCUGCGAGCGCCGGCGGUGGCUGCCGGAGAGGCCCCUCCUUCUCGCCCCGCUCCAUUCCUCGCUCGCGGCCGAGCGGGCUCCCGACCCUCUGCCUGGCCAUGGCCGGCAACGUGAAGAAGAGCUCGGGCGCCGGCGGCGGCGGCUCUGGGGGCUCGGGAGCGGGCGGCCUGAUCGGGCUCAUGAAGGACGCCUUCCAGCCGCACCACCACCACCACCACCACCUCAGCCCGCACCCUCCCUGCACGGUGGACAAGAAGAUGGUGGAGAAGUGCUGGAAGCUCAUGGACAAGGUGGUGCGAUUGUGUCAAAACCCAAAGCUGGCACUCAAGAACAGCCCGCCAUAUAUCUUAGACCUGCUGCCUGACACCUACCAGCAUCUCCGCACUGUCUUGUCAAGAUAUGAGGGGAAGAUGGAGACGCUUGGAGAAAAUGAGUAUUUCAGGGUGUUCAUGGAAAAUUUGAUGAAGAAAACUAAGCAGACUAUUAGCCUCUUCAAGGAGGGAAAAGAAAGGAUGUAUGAGGAGAAUUCCCAGCCUAGGCGAAACCUAACCAAAUUAUCCCUGAUCUUCAGCCACAUGCUGGCAGAACUGAAAGGCAUCUUUCCAAGUGGACUCUUCCAAGGAGACACUUUUCGGAUUACUAAAGCAGAUGCUGCAGAAUUUUGGAGAAAAGCUUUUGGUGAAAAGACAAUAGUCCCUUGGAAGAGCUUUCGACAGGCCCUUCAUGAAGUGCAUCCCAUCAGUUCUGGGCUGGAGGCCAUGGCUCUGAAGUCCACUAUUGAUCUGACCUGCAAUGAUUAUAUUUCUGUUUUUGAGUUUGAUAUUUUUACACGGCUGUUUCAGCCCUGGUCCUCUUUGCUCAGAAAUUGGAACAGCCUUGCUGUAACUCACCCUGGUUACAUGGCUUUCCUGACAUAUGAUGAAGUGAAAGCCCGGCUCCAGAAGUUCAUCCACAAACCUGGCAGUUACAUCUUUCGGCUGAGCUGUACUCGUUUGGGUCAGUGGGCUAUUGGGUAUGUUACUGCUGAUGGGAACAUUCUGCAGACAAUCCCGCACAAUAAACCGCUCUUUCAAGCACUGAUUGAUGGCUUCAGGGAAGGCUUCUAUUUGUUUCCUGACGGACGAAAUCAAAAUCCUGACCUGACAGGUUUAUGUGAACCAACUCCUCAAGAUCAUAUCAAAGUAACCCAGGAACAAUACGAAUUAUACUGUGAAAUGGGCUCCACAUUUCAACUGUGUAAGAUAUGUGCUGAGAACGAUAAGGAUGUGAAGAUUGAGCCCUGUGGACACCUCAUGUGCACAUCCUGCCUCACGUCGUGGCAGGAAUCAGAAGGUCAGGGCUGUCCUUUUUGCCGAUGUGAAAUCAAAGGUACUGAGCCUAUCGUGGUGGAUCCGUUUGACCCCAGAGGCAGUGGCAGCCUAUUAAGGCAAGGGGCAGAAGGUGCUCCUUCCCCAAAUUACGAUGAUGAUGAUGAUGAACGAGCUGAUGAUUCUCUCUUCAUGAUGAAGGAGUUGGCAGGUGCCAAGGUGGAAAGGCCUUCCUCUCCAUUCUCCAUGGCCCCACAAGCUUCCCUUCCUCCAGUGCCACCAAGACUUGACCUUCUACAGCAGCGAGCACCUGUUCCUGCCAGCACUUCAGUUCUGGGGACUGCUUCCAAGGCUGCUUCUGGCUCACUUCAUAAAGACAAACCAUUGCCAAUACCUCCCACACUUCGAGAUCUUCCACCACCACCCCCUCCAGACCGGCCUUACUCUGUUGGAGCAGAAGCAAGGCCUCAGAGACGCCCCCUGCCUUGUACACCAAGCGAUUGCCCAUCUAGAGACAAACUUCCCCCUGUCCCCUCUAGCCGCCCAGGGGACUCAUGGUUGUCUCGACCAAUCCCUAAAGUACCAGUAGCUACUCCAAACCCUGGUGAUCCUUGGAAUGGGAGAGAAUUGACUAAUCGGCACUCACUUCCAUUCUCAUUGCCCUCACAAAUGGAACCCAGAACAGAUGUCCCUAGGCUCGGAAGCACGUUUAGUCUGGAUACCUCUAUGAAUAUGAAUAGCAGCCCAGUAGCAGGUCCAGAGAGUGAGCAUCCAAAAAUCAAGCCUUCCUCAUCUGCCAGCGCCAUUUACUCUCUGGCUGCCAGACCUCUUCCUGUGCCAAAACUGCCAUCUGGGGAGCAAGGGGACAGUGAAGAGGACACAGAAUAUAUGACUCCCACAUCUAGGCCUGUAGGGGUUCAGAAGCCAGAGCCCAAACGGCCUUUAGAGGCAACCCAGAGUUCACGAGCAUGUGACUGUGACCAGCAGACUGACAACUGCACAUAUGAAGCAAUGUACAACAUUCAGUCCCAAGCAUUGUCUGUGGCAGAAAACAGCGCCUCUGGGGAAGGGAAUUUGGCCACAGCCCACACUAGUACUGGCCCCGAGGAAUCAGAAAACGAGGAUGAUGGCUAUGAUGUGCCUAAGCCACCUGUGCCAGCUGUACUGGCCCGCCGGACCCUGUCUGACAUCUCCAACGCCAGCUCCUCUUUCGGCUGGUUGUCUUUGGAUGGUGAUCCCACAAACUUCAAUGAGGGUUCCCAAGUUCCUGAGCGGCCCCCCAAACCAUUCCCACGGAGAAUCAACUCAGAACGAAAAGCGAGUAGCUAUCAACAAGGCGGAGGUGCCACUGCUAACCCUGUGGCCACCACCCCCUCACCGCAGCUCUCAAGUGAGAUUGAACGCCUCAUGAGUCAGGGCUAUUCCUACCAGGACAUUCAGAAAGCUUUGGUCAUUGCCCACAACAACAUUGAGAUGGCUAAAAACAUCCUCCGGGAAUUUGUUUCUAUUUCUUCUCCUGCCCAUGUAGCCACCUAGCACAUCUCUCCCUGCCAUGGCUUCAGAGGACCCAUGAGCCAGGCUCUCUCACUCAAGGAGCACCUAGGGAAGCAGUGGCUUCUUUUGGGACAUCACAGUGAGAUCCUGCCUUUUCUGUGGGGAUCGAUACAUAUGGUUCCAAGAUUUCAAAGCAGUGGAAUGAAAAUGGAGCAGCUAAUGUGUUUCAUUCUUGUAUUGGUCUUGAGUGUUUUUAUAGUCCUGCAGUCUCCAUUGGGAGAGAGUGAGUGUUUAUUAAAUGGUAACCUACCCCCCAGGAACAGCACAGGAAGCAGUAGAAGUACUGUGCUGUGGCCCUAGUUAAGGACUUAAGACUUUCCUGUUAAGGGUAUGUGUCUCUUUGUCUGUGUGUCCUGUCAUUCUAAGGUUAUCCUGCUGUGUGUGAAUCUAGGCAGGGAGUUAGCACAAGAGCUUCAGGAAGGAAUCUCUGAAGACUCCCAUCUACUGUGGUAUUGCACCUAGGCCUGCUGGAUAUUACAACCUCAAUCCUCCCCUCUGGCUUAGAUUAUCAUGUACUUAGCUAUGUUUUAUAUUGUUAGAAUACCCGCUGUCUUUUCCCUUGGAAACUCCUUACUCCACCUCCUCCUCAUUGGUGUUCUGUAGGCUUGCUGUGACCAGUCUUACUGAAACCAAGCAGCUUAUAGGAUGGUGAUAUGUUUGGUGAUGGUGUGAUGGUGUUGGUUUGUUUGGUAGAAGAGGUGGGAAGGAGAGUACUAUUCUGUGGUCACAGUUAUAAUUGAUGCUAGCACCUAACCCUGCUCACUCCAAAGUGCUGUUUCUAUAGGAAUGGUGAACUUGUUUUUUUGUUUUUGUUUUUUUUUUUUAAUUUUAAUUCUCCUAGUUACCUAAUGACUGGUUUGAGAUAGAGGCCUUCAUAUACAUUCCGUGUCCUCCCCAGGAAAUAGCCUGUGGGAGUCUGUUGCCUUGAUGCCAGGUAUAUGUUUCUGAUGUAGGUCAUAAGUCUUUCUGCCUAACAGGAACAGAACAUUUGUUUCCAGGGUGGCUUUCCAGCCCCAAACCAUAGCGCUUUUAGGAAGUCAUAUAUACUAUUUAGAUUUACAAAAUAACCAGUAAGAACUUACCUGCUUAGUCGUUCUUGCCAGUGGUUAACUUCAGCUUAGGGGUUUCUCCCUUGAAUAGGAGCCAGGUUAGCCUUUCAUAAAUGAUUUCUUUCUUUGCCCUCUAAGGAACAGAGAUAACACCAGUGAGUGUACAGCAUUUGCUGAUGACUAGCCUCUUCUCUAGAUUGGUGGAUCCAGUGACUUGGUUGUUCAUGUGCCUAGCUUGUGCUUUGGAAUGGUUUCUCUUUCUCUUUCCUUGCCUUUUUUAUUGGGUCCUAGAUAAAACCACUAUGUCAUUCAUCCACAGUAUUUAGACAUCAUUCAUUGAAAUUCUUUAGUCAAAGACAAUUUGGGACAAUGUAGUAGUUUGUGUAUUUAUAGGUUCAUCAAGGAGAUCUAGAGUUGUUUUGGAGACCUGCUUCUAAGUCGCUGUAGUGACCUCUUAGAUUCAGUUUGUUCUCUGACUGGAGUCUUGCUGGCUUCUCUAACAGUGUUGCCUGUCGAGUACGAGCUGGCUUUCACAUGAAUCCUCUCUGUUCUUUAGGUCCAAACAGAAAUGGCCCACCAAGAAUCUGCUUUCUUUCCAGUCUUAACAUCUUUGCAACUAAAAUCUUUUGAACUCUUACUUAGUUUCUAGAUGCUUCAAGGUCUGGAUUUGAUCCUCUUGCCUUAAGGCUAUUCCCAAGGCAGAUACUGUAGUACUUUGUAUUGACUUGCUAUGGUUACCCAGUGUCUUCUCUACAUAGCAAUGAGUAGAAAACAAUAGCUUAUCAUCCACAAAAAGCUUGUGACAUCCAAUUUUAUGUUACUUGAAUAUUGAAAGCCUAAACCAGGCUUGGUGGCAUCUCAGCACUUGGGAGAUGGUGGCAAGAUGAUCAGGAGUUCAGCACAGCUCAAAGCUUCUCCAAACCCUGUCUCAAAAUAGCAGGGGUUAAAGAGAUGACUCUUCGGUUAAGAGCAACUGUUCUUGCAGAGGACCUAGGUUUGGUUCCUAGCAUUCAUAUGAAAGGUUUCUCAGAUGUAUAAGCAACUCAUAACCAUCUAUGACUUCAGUUCAAAAGAAUCUGAUGUCCUCUUCUGUGUUCUGUGGGCAACAGGCACACAUAUGAUGUGCAUACAUACAUUCAGGCAGAGCAUUAGAUAAAUACAUAUUAAAAAAUUAAAAAGAGAACUAGGGAAACGCUGCAAGCUCUAGCCUGUCUAUAUCGGAGUGUUUUUUUUUUUUUCCCUUGUUGCCCAGAAUAUUGCCCAGAAUCUGAAGAUCUAUCAAGAAAACAAAGCAUGUUACAUACCUUUUGCCUUUUUUUGUGUGUCUAAGUCUUCUAUGGAGGCUAAGGAUAUAGCUCAGUUGGUAGAGUGCUUGUCUAGCAUUCACAGAGCCAUGGUUUAAUCCCCACACUGCACAGAGCAGUGUGCUAAGGUGCACUCUGAUCCUUAGCACUCACAAGGUGAGGGCAGAGCCGGAAACUCAAGGUCACUCUUGCCUACAUAGCAAGUUUAAAACUAGCUUGGGCUACAUGAAACCCUGCCUUCAAAAGAAAACAAAAACCAAAUCUGUGGAGAUUACUGCCCAUACUAUCUAGAGGAAUGACAGUUUUGUCCUGCUCUCUGCUGAACAUGGUGUGAGCUCUGAAAUGGCCUUGGGUAGGGUAGGUGGGUAUUCAGUCCCUAUGCUAGACAGGCACAUCUUUGAUUGACUUGGGUAUUGGUUUUUCAGAUGUAUACCUGCAGGCCUUAAGGUUUGAGGCCAUUGUGUGUAGGCCUUUCCUUUGCUCCCAGGACACACUGAGGCCCAUGCCUUGGGAAGGUUUCAUGCCACUCAUUUUGGAUAGUCUCCGAAAUUUGAAUUUCUUUUUCCUGUAAGGGCAAAUUUCCAAUUUUUCAUUUUCUAUUUGUAUGGCAAAUUUUAAUUCUUUGACUCUUCCUCUGAGUUUACCUAAAAAUUAAAACUGCCUUUUCAUAAAUAAGCUUUAUUUUGAAUUUUGCUAUUUUUGGCAAGCCCACCCCCUUUCCCGUUCUGUGUUACAAUUAGGAAAAUCUCUAAGGUUUCUCCUUUUUCUUAACUUCAUUAACCUGCUUUAUUCAACACAAGCCCUUGCUCUCUCUGUUUUUGUGGAUUGCUUUACAUGCCACCUUAUUGAUGGGUCACUAUCUUGCCAAGACUCCAGGCAAGGCUUUCUAGUCCAGUCCCAGAACUGGAUGUUCUAGCUGUCCCUCCCACUGUCCUAAAGUGAAAAGUUUUUGUUUUUGUUUUGUUUUGAUUUUAAUUGGAUAUUUUCUUUAUUUACAUUUCAGUGAAAAGUUUUUAAAAUCAUUUUAAAAACCUGUGGAUUCUGAACUAUACCUCUUUCUAAUUAACAGACUAGGUAACUCAUCAUCUCAGCUUUUGCAUGUUAAUAUUUAUUUAAGCAGCAAAUUGACUCUGGCUGGCCGUUCUCCUCAUCCCUCUUCCUCCUCCCAGCCCCGCCCUGCAUACUCUGCCAUUUUGUCUUUCAAUUCUCAGACAUGCCUAUCACUGGACCACAAUGUGUGAUAGUAAUACUGGCAUUGGUCUGCUGAGAUGGAUGGAAGGCACUAUUCUUCAUAUUUAAAAUAUUUAUUUCCUCUGUAAGAAAGUAAGAUAUGUUUUAUGGUCCAAGUAUCCUACUACAAGUUAAUUUUUGCAACACAACUUGCUUGCAGACCAAACUAGAGACCAGGUGUGUAUUCCUUUUAUGGCACCAUUAACAAGAUCUGGUCUUUUCCUUGAUGACUAGCUAUGAUGCUAAUGCUGAAUGUCCUCCUACCUCACACCAUGAGAAUCAGAAGGCUACUGGCCUUCUCAGACCUUCCUUCUUUCUGUUGGCCUUUCUGAGUCUGGAAUGAUCACUCUAUUGAAUAGAGUAUUCCAACCAGUGUCCUGGCUACAGAUGUUUGAUUAUUAUGUGUCGGAAAUGUCAGUUAUAUGUUCUUCUGCCAUCUCAUGGUGGUUUUCUGGUGUUGGGAAGUUAAACGUGGGCUGUCCUUAACUCUUCUGUGCAUGUGUUUAUUCACAGCUCUCUUAUAUAGACUUAUCUUCCCUUACUGAGCUGUUCCACUUAAAACUGGCCUAAGACUUUCCCAUCAACCCUUGUUGUCUUCCUGUGGCUUUGAUAAUAUUUGGGAGAUUCUGUUGUAUAUACCUCAUAGAUUAUCCAUUUUUGCUACAAAAUUUAGUGCCAUCUCUUCAGUGGGUGCAAAGUCCACUGCCUCGAGUUGCACAGUAGAGCACUAAAUGUUUAAGCUGAGCUUGCUGCAGUCUCCUUUCCAGUCCAGUGCCUUUUCUAUCUUUUUACUGAGCUGCUUCUGCCCCCAGACCUCCUUGUUGGAAAGAUUUUGUUUUGCCUUUCUGGGACUGUCACCAUCUCCCAUAUAGUUUAGAGUUUCUUUUUCUGCUAUUCAACAAUCUUUCUAAGUAAUCCUGUCUUAGAAGGGGUGAAAGGGUUGGGAAGGAUGAAGACCUGGUUCUCAGGCUGCUCUCGUAGGAGUGUAACAGGAACUGUCCAGAACAGCUUAUUAGAACUACUAGAGCUUCACUGUCAGUGUUAUCCUCUGGCACUUGAAGUUUCAAAAUGCAAUGGAGGUACUCUAGCACUACACAGAGCGUCUAGAUACAACCCUGAUCUCAGUCCACACACAUGGUUAGUCCUGUAGGAAUGCACGGAAGACUUGGUUCUUGUAUAUUAGUGAGCUGGAAAACUUUAGACUUGUCCCUCCUCCUACUCUACAGCGUAUUGGUAUACAUGACAAAAUAUGUUCCCUAGUCCUUGAAUUCAUGUGAUCUUCUUAUGAUGAAUGCAGUUCUUUAGAAAAACUCAAGAAUUCCUGGAAAGAACAGGAAAAAAGUUAACCCUGUAUGUUAAUUCCAUGGGCCAGACUGGACAUCCUGAGGGAGACUGUGUUGGGCCUGUGACUCCUGAGACUAUCUGUGCACCAAUCUGGAAAUCAUGGAACAAGCCUGUCUCGUCAGCUCUUGGGAAGUAGAAGUAGGAGACUUAUGAAGUUUAGGCCAGCAUUGGAUCUAUUACAAGCUGAAGACCAGACUGGACUUGAGUGUCUUGCCUGUUCGUGGAGAAUAUUUUCUCCUCUUGUUGCCAGCAGCAGGGAAAGCAGCAGCAGCAGCAUCUGGCACAGGCAUGGAGGUGCUCUCUUCAAGUGCACACCACUGAUGGAGUGGUUUCAUUGCCACUGGGACUUUGGGCUCUUCUACUGUAGUUUCCUUUAAGUCUGAUAGUUUGAAGGUGCAGUCUUUUCACUGUGGGGCAGUCUAGAGGCAAGCCCAUGCGGUAACUACUGGUCACAGUGCGCCUGCAGUCAAGGGACAGGACAGUAGUGCUUAGGUGUAUUCUUAAGAAAGAAUAUACUCAGCAAGAAGAGCAAUUUGAGGGUCCAUCCCCCAACUGAAUGUUAUAGGGAGAACAGAGAAAUUGUGGUGAACUGGGAACUUAGAAGAGAUAUGCAAAGGAAUGUCCACAAUAGAAGUAUAGUUGCUGUUCUGCUCUUCAUCCCUAUUUGUAACUUAAGCAGAGUCACUGUCACCUUUGCUGCUUGUUAAUUUUCUUCUCCUUAGGAGUCGUGGCACCUAUGACUGCUUUCCUCACUCUUGAAGCCACUCUUCUGUCCUUGGGUGAUAUCUCUUAGCCUCCAUUCAACUUCGGGUCUCUUUGAUGUUACUCAGAGUGCAGAUCAUGGCUUCCACUGUAGCUAGUACCUUUUGGCUUGGCUCUCUUCUGGUUUUAGUGCUGAAUAUCUGUUCAUUCUGUGGGCUCUAGACCUGUCUUGUGCAUCCCCAUCCUUUUUGUCUUCCUGUAGGGGAGCCUACAGUGAUACUAGCUUUACUUUCCUAGGUACCACUGGGACAUUUGCAAGAAUAGGGUUAUUUUCAAUGUCGAAUAGAGCUUGUUCUUGUGUGCUUCUUAAACAGGCAAGCUACCUGUAUCUUCUCUGUUUGGUUGCUUUUUCUCUAGUCCUGUAAUAAGUGUAGUGGUUUUGGUUUGUUUGUUUGUUUGUUUAGAGGUAUUGGGGAAGUAAAACUAUGCUUCUGCUUGCCUGAAUCAUUAGAAUACCAUCUUAGAGCCUGUCCUGAGUUUUAAGGCAUGUCAAACAUACCACCCUGCUUUUAACUUCUAAAUAUUCAAGUCAUUUGGUAUACACAGAAGUAACCUACUAAUCCAAAGAUACACAUUGAGGCACAUAGGAAGGACAAGAUUAGGUCAUCAGAGUUUGCAUUUCGUGUCUAGUCUAGGCUCCUGAAUGAAGAAGCAGAGGAAUAGUAGUGCCAUGUGCCUUCACAGUGUCCCAGGAAACCUGGGUUGAUUGCAAGAGAAAGUACCAUUAUUUCUUGGUUCCAGUAAGUAGCACAAGAGUUGAGAUGGAGAACUAGGGACAGGGAGAACAUUGUUUUGUGCCUGAUGAAGAGCACUAUAGGGAAGGGCCAGCUGCUGACCAACAGCUGCUUGCAGAUCUUGCAGCCUCUUCCCUGUUUUAGUGCUUGAGAAAAAUGUGGCUGACCACUCCUUGUGUUGUACAGAGCCCAGGCUAAGUGCCAGCCUCAUACCUCCUACUGAUCUGGCAACUGAACAAAUCAGCAAGAUCACCUGGCCCUGCAUUCCUGAUUCAGUGCUACAACAGAAUGUGAGAAUUUCCUUUCCUCUAACCCAGAAUGGAGGCCAGUGAAGAGGAUUGCUCAAUGCAUGCUGUGCACAGCUCAUCAGACUCACACUGCCUCACCACAUAUGCCCUCAAGUGGGGUGUGUGGAGCCUGUGUUACUCCUCUCCGCUACCUCUUACCCAGUAGUGGAGAGGGUGACUAUAUUUUGGCUGUAUUUAAGUGGCAAGUAAAUUCGGGGCCCUAUGCUCUCUCUCCCCUGCUUUCUGGGCUAGUGAGCCUGCCUUGCAGUGCAUGAGAAGAGCCACCUCCUGACCUCCUCUCAGCACCCUUAAGUGGGAAGUCUGACCUCUGCUGAAACAUGCUGGGCAUGGCAGCUGUGAGGUACCUCCCACAUCUGCUUUCUGGCUGUGCUGACUUGGGAUUUUUAACCUUAUAUAUCUUUUUCCUUUAUUCAAAACAAAACAAUUUUUAGCACACUGAAAAAAAAAAGCCAAAUGUUUUGUGCCUUUCUAAGGCAGCGCUGUACCCCAGGCUGCAUCUUAGGACUUAAUAUGGAAAUACCAGAGUCUGAGCUCCUCUGCCUUGAAUAUCUUUAGCCCUGGAGUUGUGGGGACUAGGAUGUCUGACUAGGUGGCACAUUAGGUGCCUAUAGUCUCCUUGCUCUGCUAUGAGGCUUCACUGGAAAAGAGCAGCAUUUUAUUCUGGCAGCACUUGGUUGGUUCCAGGCAGCAGUUAGUGUUCAGGUAACUGCUCUGGGUGCCCCAUUCACCCACCUCCGAGAACAAUGCCCUGCAGAACAGAGCUGUGGGGUGGACUCUACUGGGAAGAGGAGAUGCUUCAUUUGUUGUCUUUUUGUUUUGCUGGAUCUUGAGCCAGCUUCAACCUCCUGCCUCUCCUCAGACUUGGCUAUCCUUUCAUUUGAAGGCUUCAACCAUAAAGCAUUAAGUGGCUGGUGCCCAUCACAGGGUCUACUUGUACCCAGGGAGGGGCUGUGGAACACUGAGGCCUGUCGGUCAUACUGUCAUAGGUUUCAACCACAAGUUUUUGUACCCUCCCCUUCUCCCUGGUUCUCCCCUGCCUGUGGCCAACAAAGAGCAGGGGGUGGAAACAGUUCUUUUUAAGAUCUGCCUCAUUCAUUUGAGAUUUUUUUUAAUUCUUGAUUUGGAUGGGACUAGAGAACUUGAUAUUUUCCCUAGAAUAGAUUCCCAAUUUGUAUAUCAGUGUUAAGAAAACAAACACACACUUAGAUGAGAUUCUCAUGGACUAUUUUUAAAAUGUCAUUAAUAUAAAAGAUUUCUAUUAGCAGUAUUUAAUCUCUCCUGUAAAGAGACAGAGGUAAAUACUCGUGCAGAGCAGCGGAGCUUUAAGACUUGUUCUCUCCGGUCCGUGGUGUUUUGCCAGUGUACUGAUGUGUAGAGGUCUGUUAUACUAAUUAGAGGUCUGUUAUACUAAUGUUAUUUAUUAAUUUUUUUCAUUUCCAAACAGUUAACUAAAGAACUUUUUCAAGCACCCGUGUCUGUAAAAAAAAAAAAAUAUUUUUAAAUAAAAUUUCUUUUGUUGUAGCACA